AGUCUAGUCUCUCCUCCGCAGAUCCAUAAACCACUCCACACUCCCCCUCUCCUAGUCUCCUCUCCACACUCCCGCUCUCCUGCUACUCUGCUCCGUGAUCUGGUCUGGUGAGAUCGGGGAUCGGACCGUCGACUCGACAAACAUGGCGGACUGGGGCCCCGUGGUGGUGGGCGUGGUGCUGUUCGUGCUGCUCUCGCCGGGCCUGCUCUGCGAGCUGCCGGGCACCCACCGCCACGUCGACUUCGGCGGCUUCCACACCAACGGCAAGGCCAUCUUCGUCCACACCCUCGUCUUCUUCGCCGCCUUCACCAUCCUCACGCUCGCGCUCCACAUCCACAUCUACACCGGCUAGCUAGCUAGUGCGGAGCAUAUGUUGCGUCGGUCUGGACUCGCGGAGGUCUCAGAUCAGAAAGGAACGCCGGCCGGCGGCGCGUCCUGUGUUGCUGCUCUUGUUCCUCUGCAGUUCGAUCGAUUCGACCAAGUGCUUGUAACUGCCUAGCUUCCUCGUUGCUAUGCUAGUUACUCUCUGCUAUCUAUCAUGUAAAGGCCGCCAUGGUCGUCCAUCUGUAGCUGGGCUUGCAGCAACAGGAACUAGUGCGUGCCCUUUAAUUAAUGGAAUCUGUUCGUUGGUUGCUUAA